AUUUAUUUUCUCAUCAAUAUACCCAAAUUACCCACCAAAGCCAGAAUCUCCAGCCACUGACAACUGACCACCAAAAAGUAACAAACGGAGAUCAAAGAAAUGAAGAGAAAACGCCGGGAAAUCCUCCCGAGGACGGCCAAGAAGAAGUCUCUUCCAUUGAUAAUGGCUGAGGAAAGGCCUGAUGUCUUUGACUACACAAGUAGUGAAGAACCAGACACACCCAAAAUGGGGGAUUUAAAGAUUAAUGAAGAGGAUUGGAUUAAGUCCAAGAUCAUUUUGUAUUCAAGUUACGACGUGAUUCAAAAGAUAAAGAAUAAGUUAACAAGUAAACAAUUGGAGAUGUUCAGAAAGACCUGUUUCGGGCACUUCUUGGAUGUGAGUGAGUUCCAAUUCUCUGGUCAAAUCGUUCAUCACAUUCUCUUGAGGGAAGUAGAACAACCGAACGUAGAAGAAAUGUGGUUUGAUAUCUGUGGAGCGCAACUUAGAUUUUCUAUAAAAGAGUUUGCUUUGAUAACUGGUUUGAAUUGUUCUGAAUGUCCAAAGGUAAAUAGAGGCGAAACCUCUGGGAACGGGUUUCUUGAAAAGUAUUUUCCGAGCAAAAAAGUUAGUAGGGAACUUGUGGAUAGAGUGUUUGAUAGUUACGAUGGAAGUAAUGAUGAGGAUUGUGUGAAGCUAGCUCAAUUGCAUCUAUUGGAGAAUAUGUUGUUGGCCAAGGAAAAGCAGAAAUUAGUAGAUCUUGAACAUGUCAGGCUACUCGAUCAUCCUGAAAUCUUUAACAACUACCCUUGGGGUAGAGUUUGCUACUCUUAUACACUUGGGUUUCUUCAAAGGGCUUUGGAAAAUAGAGUUUCCAAGUUUAGGGAGAGGCAAAGGAGGAAUCCUGAUCACCAUUGUGAAACUUAUCAUUUAGCUGGAUUUCCUUAUGUCCUUCAAGUAUGGGCAUAUGAAAGUAUACCACAACUCGGGAAAUUAUAUGCUGAGAAAACCGGUUCCAACAUGCCUCGGAUUCUAAACUGGGGAGACACUUAUCAGCCAAAUUGGAAGAGGAUACAGAAAUCAGUAUUUGCUCGAGAUAAGGUAGAAGUUGUUGUUUUGAAUCCCACAAAGCUUGAAAAAAAGGCUGAUUACAUGAAAAUCGGUAAAGCAGUUACGAUAAGAACACCAGAUAAAGGUUACCUAACAACAGCUUCUCAUGUUAAAGCUGUAGUUCCUCGUUCUGAGUAUGAGAACCGUAUAGAGUAUCGCCCUCAACGAGGAAGUUCGGCUGAUCAAUUUGACAUAAAGCAGGAAUUUUCGUCUUUCAGAGAUGAAAUGAGAGAAGUUAUGAUUUCCCUCAAGGAAGAAAUUGGUGAGAUAAAUUACAAACUUACUAGCCUUGAUGUUGAUCGGGUUGAGAUGGGAAAAAAGCUCACGAAUGUUGUUAAUGCCUUGUAUGAUAUCGAAUCUGAGUUAAAAAGUGGUGAAAGUAGGUUUGAAAUUCAUCACAAAAGCAGGAAAACCCCGAUAUCGAAUAAGGAUAAAGGAGUUCAUGAAGUAGUAGAAGAAGAAGAAGGAGGCAACAAUGGUAAUAAUGAUGACAACAACACUGCAAAAGAAAAUGGAGGCGAAAUGGUGUUGUUUUUUGACCAACCGAUUAAAAUUGGUGUAAGAGAUAUUCAAUCGAAUUCUGUAGAUGACAGCAUGCCAGAUAAUCGAAGGAGUAACAAUGGCGAUGCUGCAGCCGAAAUGCCUAAAGAAACAAACAAUGAUGAGAUGGUACAACAAGUAGAAAACGUAGAAGAACAAUCGUUGGAUAAAACAGAAGAUCAUCAAUCUCAACAAGGACAUAAAGAGAAGGGACUUUGUGAAACAAAUCCAUCACCGGUUAAUUCAUCAGUAAAGGUUCCCGAGAAGCAAAAUGAGAACCCUCCAAUAGCCAAGGGAAGAGAACAACAUUAACAUCCGGCGAGCCAUUUAGAAGCACGAAAAAGAAUGAACAAGAGGAGGAUUGGACAAUGAAAACAAUCGAAAUGCUUCAGCUGCACGGGCUGAUUUUCAGCUUCUUAACUUUGCUGAAGAAAACUAGUAAUCAUAUUCAACAUGUUAUUUGAUGUACAAGGAAUAAAUCUACUACUAAUCUAGAUAAUCAUGCUUUGGUAUUUGUAGUUUCUGGCUUUGAGUUUAUUGCAAAUUUGAGAUAUAACUGGAAUUGUAGAUUCUAUACCGGUUUUACUAUGAAAUGUGGUUGUGGCUGCAGUUGCUAGCUAGGAAUCUAAGGCCUUUCAAGCCUAAUCAUUAAUGAAUAAUCGAUUGAAUGGUUUACCAACGUUGUUGGCUCUUUGUAACAGCGAAGUUGUGACCACUUUCGGGACUAAUUGUUGCCACAAGGAGGGCGGCCGGCUGCCACGAGCGAUUCCAAGUUGUUGAAUUCGAGCGGGAUUGGAAAUCUCCCAAUAGUUAAAUUUCAUCUUAACACACCACUUAUGGCUAUAAUGAAGCUAGAGCUAAAAAUUUCAUUCACUAGAAGAAAAUGAAGAAAAUGUAAACAUCAUAGGCUUUUGUAAUCUACAAUUUUGUAUUUUUUUAAGGUUUAUUCCAUGAUUAUCCUUGAAAUUAUUUGAUUAUUUUAUCAUUUUUAUUAGCAAA